AUGCUGCGUUCAAUGGGUUGGCGAGAAGGAAGAGGCAUCGGAUUGGCGAAUGUGAAACAGAAACAGCAGAGAGGUAAUCAGCCUAUUUGGGCUGAAAUUUGGACGGUGUGAAGAUGUGACCCAUCAGGUUUUUUCUUUGAUUGGGGUGGCGUUGACGCAGCUUUUUGGAUACCUGGAUUUUGAGCUGCUCGGGCGCAAGUGCCAGUGACCAGAACAAACCAAAAGCAGACUUUCCCUCAACAUUUUCCCGGAAAUAUCCUAGAACAAUUCCUUUUUCAGGCGGACUCUCGUCGGAAGCCCAAUACGACCGUGAACAAGCAUCGAAAGUGGCGCCGUCCUACGAAAUGGCCAACGAAGACGCGCUCAUCCAGCAGCUGACUCCCCUCACUGGCGUUCACGGCAUCGGAUACCAGGGCCUCCGCAACACCUCGGUCCUCGACGAAUCCUACGGCAAAACGGCUCUCGCCCUCAAAUCGGGCAAGAAAAACUCGAAAGGAAUCAGCGGACAGGCGUUCGGAGUGGGCGCGUUCGAGGAGGAGGACGAGAGCGUCUACACGAACUACGACCUCUCGCAGUUCGACUUCUCGCUCGACGUCAACGGCGGCGCUUUGGAAGAGUCGAAUCUGAAGACGCAGAAGAUCGACACGGCGUUCGAGCUGCAGCCGAAACGAUUGAAUCCCCGGAAGUUCUACCCACCGCCACGUGUCCCUCCGAACUUCCGCGCCGAACAUCGCCCCAUUCCGAUGGAUAUCUCCCGACUUCCCCGGGUCAUGAAAGACGAUGUGAAGCAGAUGACGGCCGUGCAGAGGGCCAUGUUUCUCGGCGAAGAUCGGGUGGAGGUGCUGGAGGGGAAGAAAGAGGGAAAAGCGAAGGAACGGCGCAGUCGGUGGGACAUCAAAGCGGAGGAAGUGGAGAGGAAAGAGCAAGAAAGAGGCGGAGAGGCGGACGAGGAGAGGGACCGACGUCUCCGGAACCGAAUCGAGUUCGCGGACGAACCGAUGCGGCAGGCCCGAUUCAAAGAGUUCCUGCACUAUCUGCGACGCGGCCUCGCGUACCCGCAACCGACAGAUCUGACCGUCUGGGAGUGGGAGUGGGAGAAGAAGGAGUUCGAGUCGAAACUGACGUCGGAAGAGCGGGCGAUGCUGCCGGAGGUGCAGUCCCGGAGCCAGCCGCUCGCAAAGACCGCCAUUGCGGCGCCGAUCCACGAGGCGAUGGCGUCGAAGUUUGUGAAGGAGGCGGGCGGUGAUUUAAAAGUGGGACAGAAGGACGAGGACAAGUUGGCGGCCGUCAAAAUGGAGAUGUUUGGAGAGAGGACUCGGCAGAGCUUCGAGUGGUCAGUCAAGGGAAUUGUGAACUUCAUUUUUUUUGCUGCGGAACUCUAGAAUUUGAGGAAUUUUGUUGUUCUUGAACGGAUCACGUUGGUUUUUAGGUCAAGAACCAUACGCCCAUUUGUGCUCAAAAAGCCUUCAGAUGUUCCGCAGCGAAUAGUCCGAUCAGAUCUCAUUAGACUUCUAUGCUCUCUUCUUUCCAGGUACCCGGACAGUCUGCUCGCCAAACGGUUUAACGUCCCACAUCCGUACCCAGGCGCGGAAAUGACCGGAGUUCCGGCGCUUCAGAAGAACAAUUUCCGAAAAAAAGAGACGUUGGCGGACAUUGGAGGCGUUAGCAUCGGAAUGCCGAACACGGCGAAUGAGAUUCAAAUGAGGUUCACAUAUUGGUCGGAAAUAGUUUUGAUCGAAUGAAAACGUUUCAGAGAACGACUUCUAAAGUCGAGAGCUCGAAAAGAAGCAGAAGAGCGGAAGAAGGACGACGACUCGGAGGGAGAGAAUAAGUACGAUGACGCGGAUAAACGACGAUUGGAUUCAGAAUCGGAAGAGGAAGAAGAAGAGGAAAAGAGGGAGGAGAAGGCUCCCAAAUCUUUUUACGACUUUGUUUUCGGAGGAGAAGGUGAGGGAACGUCUUCUGAAAGCGAAUCGGAGAGCGACGAUGAACAUGCGGAAGAAGAGGAAAGAAGGAAGGCGUUGAAAAAGCGCGACGACGAUAUUCGGAGGAAAAAAGAGGAAAAGGAGCGGAAAGAGGAAGAGGAAAGGGGGAAAAUCGAGAAGGAACGAAGGGAGUUGGAGAGGAGGGAGAUGGAAAUCGAGCAGAAGAGGAGGAGCAAGACGUCGGACGGAGACGAUGA